AGUGCGGUGCGUCACACGGUUUCGAAGGUAUUACAAUACAGGCAUACCGGGUAGAGGCAUACGGCCGCCACACGCAUACACAUACGCGCGUCAUGUUAAACAGCCUCGGCUCAGUCGGUAUCAAAGAAAUGUGCGGCGAGGACCUGAAACGUCAUCAGGGCGAGCUAAAAGUGUUGGAUCAGCCGCGUCUUGGCGGCCUCUGCGACGGCACUUUGGGCGGCAAUUUGGGAGGCCCGCUGAGCAACAACGGGUCCAGUGAUGGCGACAAGCCGUCGAAGCAGAAAAGGCACCGGACUCGAUUCACUCCCGCUCAGCUCAACGAGCUGGAAAGGUGCUUCUCCAAAACCCACUAUCCGGACAUUUUCAUGCGGGAGGAGAUCGCCAUGAGGAUUGGAUUAACCGAAUCCAGAGUCCAAGUCUGGUUUCAAAACAGGAGGGCCAAGUGGAAGAAACGCAAGAAAACUACCAACGUCUUCCGUACCCCUGGAGCUCUUCUCCCUUCCCACGGGCUGCCGCCCUUCGGUGCGAUGGGUGACAGUCUUUGCGGGUCUGGGAUGUUCACCACCUCCGAUUCUAGAUGGGGUGUCGCCGGCAUGGCCUCCAGUCUGGGUCAACUUGGUCAAGGUUCGGUGACGAUGGGAGGUUUCGCUCAAUCUUUAGGACAAUUAAAUCAGGGUUCCGGUUUGAGUUCCGCGUUACCGAUCAGCAGUACUGCCGGUACCGUUUACCAGCCGCAUUACGGACUUAAUUCGCUAGGUGAUAGCAUGAUGACGUACUGUAACAAUGGAGGAGGCGGAAACGGAGGAAACGGUGGCGGCGGCGGUGGCGGCGCGACGGGGGGCGGCACGGGCCCGUCCUCGCCGCCGCAGAUCGCGUGUGCGGGCGGAGGCGGCACCCCUCCCGUGUCGUCGGGAACGUCCCCCAAUGGGGCGGGUGGAGACCAGGACGACGACGUGUGGCGUGGCCACAGCAUAGCCGCGUUGCGACGCCGGGCGUCGGAAUUGAACGCCGCUAUCCCAUCUUAUCUGCAAAUCAACUACGACACACACAAUAACGCAUCCGUAUACUGAUUUAGCUGGCUAGCUGUUAGCUGGAGGUCGAACUCGUCUGCUGUAGAUAAAUUUGUAAUUAUUUUUGUGGUCGGUGAUUUGCGAAACGGGAGUUCAGGGUUCCCCCUGUUUACCUGGGAAACCUGGAAAACUCGGAGAGUUUGGAAGCCGACUAGAAAAGAUCAAGGAGCCUGCUUAAAUUGACCAAAGUCAGGGAAUUUAAUGACAUAACUUGGAAAUUUUAGUAAUUGAAUACAUUCGAUUUUUCAUUCAACUUUGAUAACUGAAGUUUAGUUGGCUGAUUUUUCUUCUAUUUGUAGUAAUGGGAGGCUACCAAUUCUAAAAUCUGUACAACCAAAGGCAUUAAAUCAAGUUUAAUAUCUUUGCGUAUAUAGAUUUUAAUAAUUAUUAUCUACCAUCAUUGUGCAACUGUCCAUAAUAUGCAUUAUUUAGUUCACGAACGAAAUCAGAUUUCGCUGAAAAUAUAUCGCUUUGAGCGCCUCCAAAAAGUCGCAAUGAUCCGAUGACAGUCCAAUAAAAACUGUAAACACGCAAAUGUAUUUUAAUUCAAUUUUAUUUGCAAAAUGUUAAUAAGCUGCUUGGGAAAAAUGUUUUUCACAUACGCCGACAAUAUGGAAAGCGCAAUUGUUGCAAGUAGUACGUUUAUAUCUACGUUAGAUGGCGUGUUGUUGCGGCCUCCUUCAAUCCCAUUAUACAAUAAUCAAAAAUAUUGGCCAUAUUUUGUCCAAUUUUUUCCAAAAAUUUUUUUAAGUGACGAAUGGAGAUAGGAGUGUAAAAUUCGUAUUAUUUGUUCUGUUUCUUUACCGUAAAAUCUGGUAGCCGGCGAAACGUUGCAAAUUUUUCUACUAGUCUAUCGGUGUAAUGUUUUGUUUUAUAUUUAGUUCGUUUUAUGUUUAUCCAAGCUUGUUAAAAAUUACGUGGCGGCGAAAGCGAGUUUUCGCAUGCCUCGUACAGAUGGCGCUCCGUUGAUUUGUAGUGAAAACUAUUGGUCCGCGACAGAGACGCCAUCAUGACGAAUUAGAAAACGAGACGCGAGUACAUACUUGACGAGUAUUAAACUUAGAUAAGGGGUUGAGUGGUUCUGGUCUCGCGAAAAGUAUACGAUGUAAUAAUAAAAUAUCUGUACAAAGUGUCAUUUAUAUAAAUGGUGUAAAAAUUUAGUGUAUUUUAUUAUAAGCUUUAAUUUAGAUAAGUAAGAACACAAGGUGUCGUGUUUAAUAUGAUAUAAUAAUUAUAUUAUAAAUAAUGUGUAUACCAGAGGUUUCAGUAGUAUACGUCGUUGUUAAAUGAG